AGACAGGGGGCGUCGCGGGAAUCUCGGAAGUUCCAGGGGCAGGGCACAUGUCCCGGAGUUGGGGCGCGCACUGGGUGUGGGGAUGGAAUCCUGAAUUAAUAGUAACCCCCCGUUCUCCGGACUGGGGUACAUGGGAUGGGGCCUCAUCCACCGGCCAGAUUGGGGAUCCCGGGCACCGGGCGGUGUCGGACCCCCCUCCGGGAGCCCCGUGGCCGGCGGCAUCCGAGGCGCAUGACUAGUUGGGGCCAAAGCAGCGCUCCUGCCACCUCUCUGGCUGCCCCCUAGAGCCUGCCCAUCCCGACCUGACCAAUGUCCACAGCCAGGGAGCAGCCAAUCUUCAGCACACGGGCGCACGUGUUCCAGAUCGACCCGGCCACCAAGCGAAACUGGAUCCCGGCGGGCAAGCAUGCACUCACUGUCUCCUAUUUCUACGAUGCCACCCGCAAUGUCUACCGCAUCAUCAGCAUCGGGGGCGCCAAGGCCAUCAUCAACAGCACUGUCACUCCCAACAUGACCUUCACCAAAACCUCCCAGAAGUUCGGGCAGUGGGCGGACAGUCGCGCCAACACUGUCUACGGCCUUGGCUUUGCCUCUGAACAGCAUCUGACACAGUUUGCUGAGAAGUUCCAGGAGGUGAAGGAAGCAGCCAGGCUGGCCAGGGAGAAAUCUCAGGAUGGCGGGGAGCUCACCAGUCCAGCCCUGGGGCUCGCCUCCCACCAGGUGCCCCCGAGCCCCCUCGUCAGUGCCAACGGCCCCGGCGAGGAAAAACUGUUCCGCAGCCAGAGCGCUGAUGCCCCCGGCCCCACAGAGCGGGAGCGGCUAAAGAAGAUGCUGUCUGAGGGCUCCGUAGGCGAGGUACAGUGGGAGGCCGAGUUUUUCGCGCUGCAGGACAGCAACAACAAGUUGGCAGGCGCCCUGCGAGAGGCCAACGCCGCCGCAGCCCAGUGGAGGCAGCAGCUGGAGGCUCAGCGUGCAGAGGCCGAGCGGCUACGGCAGCGGGUGGCUGAGCUGGAGGCCCAGGCAGCUUCAGAGGUGACCCCGGCCAGCGAGAAGGAGGGGCCGGGCCAGGGCCAGUCACUGGAGCAGCUGGAAGCUCUGGUGCAAACCAAGGACCAGGAGAUUCAGACCCUGAAGAGUCAGACUGGGGGGCCCCGUGAGGCCCUGGAGGCUGCCGAGCGUGAGGAGACUCAGCAGAAGGUGCAGGACCUGGAGACCCGCAAUGCGGAACUGGAACACCAGCUGCGGGCGACGGAGCGCAGCCUGGAGGAGGCACGGGCGGAGCGGGAGCGGGCGCGGGCCGAGGUGGGCCGGGCGGCACAGCUGCUGGACGUCAGGCUGUUUGAGCUGAGUGAGCUGCGUGAGGGCCUGGCCCGCCUGGCUGAGGCUGCACCCUGAGCCGGGGCUGGUUUUCCAUGAACGAUUCCGGCCUGGGUGUGGGCCAGGCUGCAGGCGGCAUAGUUGGACCCAUUUGUCCUGGAAAGGGACUGGGGGUCCCAACUUAGCCCUGGGUGGGCCGGGCCGGGCUGGGCUGGGGUGGGCCCCAGCUGGCUCUGGCUGUUGGCAGCUUGGGGGCUGUUUUUGAGCUUCUCAUUGUGUAGAAUUUCUAGAUCCCCAGAUUACAUUUCUAAGCGUG